UGAGGUCAUUGAUGGAAGUGGGGGGUGGGGAGGACGGAAAGGGGAUGGUGGGGAGGACGGAAAGGGGAUGGUGGGGAAUCAACGAGAAACGCCCUUAAAGUGAGCGGGAAUUUGAGGGCAGUUUGACGUCAUGGUGAAUUUCAUCUCUCUGUCGGGCUUGGUUUUGAACUCGCGCCCCACUCCACCCCUGGUUGUGUGAUUUGGCGGGAAGGGUCCAGGAUUGCAGGGACUCUCCCAACUCUGACCCCAGAACCCUGCCCAAGUGAGACUUGAAAGUUAAUACCCCUAAGGGUGGAGUCUGGGCCCAACCAGGCUGACUCUAGUAGCUGGUAUCACCCACAGAGGGCCAGGGCUCGUGGGAAACAAGAGAUGGAGCUGAGACCAAGAAGUUUGUUAGACGGGAAUUCAGUUCCAGUUGAGCCAAUUCCGGAUUGUGUGAUCAUGGGCAAGUAACUUCACAUAGGCUUAAUGUACUCAUCUUUAAAUGGGGACCAUAGUCUCAUCUUGAAGGAAUGUUGUCAGAAAUAGCCCAGUGCCUGGGCCCCAGCUAGGCAGGGAUCUACAAGAGUUUCCUGGUCCGCUUAGGGGAUUCCCUAAGAUCUCCAUGGAUACUUCGCGAAUCCCCAUCUCUCCGGACUGUCAACUCACGGUGGGCUGUCCCGGGGUACUGUUUAGAUCCAUUACAUGUGUGAGGAGGGGGCCAGUGACUAGCUGGGCCUGAGGGGUGAGUUGCAAGGGACAGGUGCAUAAGUCUCCAUCCAGACCUCUGGUCCUCCCCCUUCCUACCCUGCCAUCCAACACCUGCCUGAGCCGUUUGUACAGCUGCCCCUUUGCUUCCGGCUGCCGUUUGCCAAGAUGUCCCAGCGACAUUCUAUUCCGGCCCUGUACCCCUCGCCCCCACCCCACCCCACUUCAGUCCUCCACUAAGGAGCAGGCAGGCUUGACCAUGCUGUGGGGUCCCUGCCUAAACCGAAGCGCACAUAGUCACUUCCGCUCACACUCGUUUACACACACGCAAACGCAUUACUGUCUACCAAGAUGUGCCCAUUCUGAAUCACAGAUACAAAAAAACAGAUGAUGGCGCACAAGAGUAUCCUUAGGGGUUCAUUUAGACGUGUUCCAAGCCUGCUUCCGAGUCUCUUGGGCAGUAGUAUUCACACACCCGCACGACGAUGACCUGCUUGGAUCAAAUCUACACACACUUUCACAUCACACCCAAUUACACGUGACCUCGACAACACUCACACCCCGCACAAACGGGUUUCGACCACUCCGCCUGAGCGUUCAGCUCCCGGCGCGCCCCGAGCGGCAGUGGUCUUGAUUGUGGCACCUUCCCACAGCGUCCAGAGUGGCGAGAACGAAGCUUUUCAGCGUCCCCACGAUCUCCCGGUGUGAGCGCGCAGCGCGCGAUCUGCAGCAGCUGGUCCGGGCGCUGCCUGUGCGAGAGGCGGCAUGGGCUUCCGCAAGUUCUCCCCCUUCCUGGCUCUCAGUAUCUUGGUCCUGUGCCAGGCGGGCAGCCUCCAGGCAGCGCCAUUCAGGUCUGCCCUGGAGAGCAGCCCAGACCCGGCCACAAUCAGUGAGGAGGAAGCGCGCCUCCUUCUGGCUGCACUGGUGCAGGACUAUGUGCAGAUGAAGGCCAGUGAGCUGGAGCAGGAGCAGGAGACAGAAGGCUCCAGUACCACUACCCAGAAGAGAGCCUGCAACACUGCCACCUGUGUGACUCAUCGACUGGCAGGCUUGCUGAGCAGAUCAGGGGGCAUGGUGAAGAGCAACUUUGUGCCCACCGAUGUCGGUUCCAAAGCCUUUGGCAGGCGUCGCAGGGAACUUCAAGCCUGAGCAGCUGAAUGACUCCAGGAAGAAGGUUAUCAUGAACCUGAACUCACCAUUUCUAUUAAUUUCUGUUGACAACAACUUGGUGAGAAUGCCCCAUGGAAGACAUACAUGUUUGCAUCUGAAGAUUCCAAAAAAAUGACACCUUUGUCACUUGAAAGGAAUGAAACUUAAUGCAAAAUAAGCUAAUUACAUAUUUGUUGUGCAUCUUUUUAUAUUUAAUUAUAUGUCCAGUAAAAGUGAUGGCAUCUCUCAUUGGCUUAUCUGGUAGCAACCUGGUUCCUUAGAGGCAUCCUGUUGAUCACGGCAGCUCUGCCAAACCUUUGGGGGGACAUGAAAUCACUGCCUGUUGUGGUCUCUGAGGACACGUGGUAAUGGUGAUGCUGUGCCUUGUUGUCUAAGAACAUGAUUGUAUAAUUUGUUUAAGAAAAUGUCAAUAUUGUGCCAUUUGUGAACUUCAUCAAGAUUAAAAGCAUAUUUUGGAUACAUUUGUUUCAAAACGUUGGUGGUUCAUUACAACUUGUUUUCCUAUGUAAUAAUAGUAAUGAUGAUGAUGAUGAUGAUAAUAAAUAUUUUUUGAGUGCUUAC